GCCACCAUGUCUAGCCCAACCAACACGAACAACUUCCUCUCUCUCAUUCCCACUGCCCACCGUGUGGCCGUCAUCACCCAGUCCGACAGCACUCUGGCCGGCGAAGAGUCUAUCAUCCCUACAACCCAAAAGACCCGCCGCUCCAGUUCGACUGCGACCAGCGACUCCAACACCGACGUCGAGGAAGCGUCUGCACCUGUCAACCCCCCCAGUUCUGUCGUUGAGUCGCCCACCAAGGUUAUCAGCAUCCACACGUUUCUGUCAAACUAG